UCACAUUCUCUUAACGUUUUUAACUAUCUCAAGUAAAACUUCCACCUACUCUACCAGCUAGUCAACUAAACACCUUAGAAGUCCUCAAGAAGCAGCUCAGCCAGCAAGAAAAAUUACACUAUAGGAUCUCCCUAAGUCAGUUCAAGAGUCACAGUAUAAGACUAAAGUCUCGAUUGAACUGGAAUAUUCUUUCCUCUUCUCAUAUUCACGUAGUUCGUUUACCUAGUUCUUUUUUUUUUGUUAAACUCGUCUGAAAGUAUAAAACUUUACCAUCUUACAUGUUUCAGAUAGUAGUUCGUGGAUUAGCAAAUCAGAUUACAUUCUGGGGAGAAGUAAGUAUAUAUCUAUUAGCAAUUUUUUUAGGUUAACUAUACGAAAAAGAGUGAAGCAUCAAUAGAUAUGGAAGAGCUUGAUUCAAAGAAGUUCAGUCUUCCUGUAGAUGCAGAAAAUAAGGCCACAAUCUUUCCACUGUUUUCAGUGGCAAAGCCUCAUAUGCGGGCAUUUUACCUAUCUUGGCUCCAAUUCUUUGCCUGUUUCAUAUCCACAUUUGCUGCUCCACCCCUUCUUCCGAUCAUCCGUGACAACCUCAACCUUACUGUCUCUGACAUCGGUAAUGCAGGGAUUGCAUCUGUCUCUGGGUCCGUGUUUGCUCGUUUAGCCAUGGGUACCGCAUGCGAUUUAGUUGGGCCUCGAGUUGCCUCUGCAUCCCUUACACUCCUUACUGCACCUGCCGUUUACCUCUCUGCCAUAGUAGACUCACCCACAGCCUUCUUGCUAGCCCGGUUUUUCACAGGCUUUUCUUUGGCUACUUUUGUGUCAACACAAUUCUGGAUGAGCUCCAUGUUUUCUCCACCAGUAGUUGGUCGAGCCAAUGGUGUUGCGGCUGGGUGGGGUAACCUCGGAGGUGGAGCAACCCAAAUGAUCAUGCCUCUUGUGUAUACUCUCAUACUUAGAAUGGGACCAACAAAGUUUACAGCAUGGAGAAUAGCAUUCUUCAUUCCUGCUGCUUUACAGACUGUUUUGGCCUUUGCAGUGAUGCUUUUCGGCCAAGAUAUGCCAGACGGAAAUUUCCAGCAGCUGCACAAAUCAGGUGACAAGUACAAGGAUAGCUUUUCCAAGGUUAUAUAUCAUGGCCUUACAAAUUACAGGGGAUGGAUUACUGCUCUAUGCUAUGGGUACUGUUUUGGUGUGGAGCUAACUGUAGAUAACAUCAUUGCUCAGUACUUCUAUGAUCGGUUUGAUCUUAACCUCCACACAGCAGGAAUUAUAGCAGCCAGUUUCGGACUGUCGAAUGUUUUUGCCAGGCCAGGAGGUGGAAUGGUGUCAGAUUUACUAGCAAAAAAGUUUGGGAUGAGGGGAAGACUUUGGGGAUGGUGGAUUAUCCAGACUAUAGCUGGUGUGUUAUGCAUCGUUCUAGGACUGAUGAACUCUUUAAGUGGAUCCAUUGUAGUCAUGCUCGUCUUCUCUGUGUUUGUUCAAGCAGCUUGUGGACUUGCAUUUGGGGUCGUUCCUUUUGUCUCCAGAAGAGCUUUGGGCGUGAUUUCUGGCAUGACUGGAGCAGGUGGAAAUGUUGGUGCGGUCAUUACUCAAUUGAUUUUUUUCAAAGGUUCUCAAUACACAAUAGAAAGGGGAAUAACUUACAUGGGUGUUAUGAUUGUAGCAUGCACCCUUCCAAUAGCUCUCAUAUACUUCCCACAAUGGGGAGGUAUGCUUUGUGAUUCUCAAGACAAUUUUACAGAAGAGGAAUACUAUUCCAACGAAUGGGAUUUGAAGGAGCAGCAACACGGACAUCACCAAGCAAGCUUGAAGUUUGCAUGCAGCAGCAGAAGUUAAAGAAGAAAAAGAACAGUAGUAGAAAUUAUCCUUUGUUACACUAAUUAAAAAUGUUGUACACUUUUGUGAAAGUAUAAACAUUCCUGAGAUAGUAUGCAGUCGUAACCCAGCACUUAAAUUUUUGAUUCAAUACCUCAAUAAUAU